GCGAGAGAUGUUGUGAAUGCGAUUCGCUGGCAGUGAUUGGCUUGCAUGCGUUUCAUCUGCACGCAAGAGGCACACAGGUGAUCUGUCUCCUGCACAUAGUGACUGCAAUAAGAUAUGUGUCACGAAGAUGUCCACUCGCGGCUGUCAGGGAUCAGACGCGCUCAUCAAGACGUUAGACACCAUCCCUGAAGACAAGAAAGUGCGAGUGCAGCGGACGCAGAGCGGCUUCGAUCCCUUCGAGAAACCCGCCAGCCAGGUGAAGCGCGUUCACUCGGAGAAUAACGCCUGCAUCAGCUCCAAAACCUCCUCCACUGGGAAAGAGUCUCCCAAACUCAGACGCCACUCCAGUCCCAGUUCUCCCACAAGCCCAAAGUUCGGAAAGGCAGAUUCUUACGAGAAACUGGAAAAGCUCGGAGAGGGCUCGUACGCCACAGUAUACAAAGGGAAGAGCAAGGUGAACGGGAAGCUUGUUGCUUUGAAAGUGAUUCGUCUACAGGAGGAAGAGGGAACGCCGUUCACUGCCAUCAGAGAGGCGUCUCUUCUGAAAGGCCUGAAGCAUGCGAAUAUAGUGCUGCUGCACGACAUCAUUCACACUAAAGAAACUCUGACGCUCGUCUUCGAGUAUGUGCACACAGAUUUGUGUCAGUACAUGGACAGAUAUCCAGGAGGGCUCCAUCCGGAUAACAUCAGACUGUUCCUGUUCCAGUUACUGAGGGGUCUGUCUUACAUCCAUCAGCGGUACAUUCUCCACCGCGACCUGAAACCACAAAACCUGCUCAUCGGCGACACGGGCGAACUCAAACUCGCCGACUUUGGUCUGGCACGUGCAAAGUCAGUCCCCAGCCACACGUACUCUAAUGAGGUGGUGACUCUGUGGUAUCGGCCGCCAGACGUCCUGCUCGGCUCUACAGACUACUCCACCUGUCUGGACAUGUGGGGCGUCGGAUGCAUCUUCAUUGAGAUGAUUCAGGGAGUGGCGGCGUUCCCGGGCAUGAAGGACAUUCAGGACCAGCUGGAGCGGAUAUUCCUCGUGUUGGGGACGCCGUCUGAAGAGACGUGGCCAGGUGUGCACUCACUCCCUCACUUCAAACCAGAUCGUUUUACAGUUUACAGCCCGAAGAAACUGAGGCAAGCCUGGAAUAAGAUGGGAUAUGUGGAUCACGCUGAAGAGUUGGCAUCCAGGUUUCUUCAAUGCUUCCCAAAGAAGCGUCUCUCAGCACAGGCGGCGCUCAACCACGAAUACUUCAGUCACCUGCCGCCGAGACUCUGGGAGCUGCCCGACAUGUCUUCUAUCUUCACCGCUCCCACCAUUAAAUUACAGCCGGAAUCUGGCGACAGCAUCCAGGUGUGCAGUAAGAGCAACAGUCACGGCAAAACAACCGCAACCAGCAAACACUGACCCGAUGAACCGCACGCCACGCA